ACCCCCUCUUUCUCUCUCUAAAUAUAUAUUCAUAUACGUAGAUCAUCAUCAUCAAUAUAUGCAAACCUCGAGAAAAAAGGAUAAGACUGGAGAGACCGCUAAGAGAAUUUAUUGUUUCUAUUCAAGUUCAUCUUCAGGUCGAAUUCAGAAAGCCGCAAAGGGUACAUAAUAAGGAUAUCAUUAUAUGGGUUCUCAUUCUCUACCAGCGGUUGGUAUGCUUGAAACUGCAUCAGUAGUUCAUUUUUCGGGGUUGUAUUUGGAUGGAGUUGAGGCAAGAAAUUCAAAGGCUGAUCAGGAACCAACGUCUACUUCUGAACAUGCGCAUAAUCAGCCUUUUGUCAUUGGAGUUGCUGGAGGGGCAGCUGCUGGAAAGACUACUGUUUGUGAUAUGAUUAUUGAUCAGCUUCAUGAUCAGCGUGUUAUUCUUGUUAGCCAGGAUUCAUUUUAUCAUGAUUUGACACAAGAUGAACUUACAAGGGUUAAUGAAUACAAUUUUGACCACCCUGAUGCAUUCGACACUGAGCAGCUCUUGUCGGUGAUGGAGCAAUUGAAGCAUGGGCAGUCUGUAGACAUUCGAAAAUACGACUUCAAGAGUUAUAAACACAGUACCUCCCCAGCUCGCAGGGUAAAUCCAUCAGAUGUAAUCAUUUUGGAAGGAAUAUUGAUCUUUCACGAUCCCCGUGUCCGUGAUUUGAUGAAUAUGAAGAUCUUUGUUGACACAGAUCCUGAUGUGCGCUUGGCAAGGAGAAUAAGGCGUGACACAGUUGACAAGGCUAGAGAUAUUUCAUCGGUCCUUGAUCAGUACUCAAAAUUUGUGAAACCUGCUUUUGAUGAUUUUAUACUUCCAACAAAGAAGUAUGCAGAUAUUAUUAUUCCCCGGGGAGGAGACAAUCAUGUAGCAAUUGAUUUGAUUGUCCAACAUAUCCGAACAAAACUCGGUCAACAUGAUCUUUGCAAAAUAUAUCCUAAUCUUUAUGUCAUUCAGUCAACUUUUCAGAUACGGGGCAUGCAUACUUUAAUACGGGAUUCCCAAACAACAAAACAUGAUUUUGUGUUUUAUGCUGAUCGUCUGAUUCGUUUGGUUGUUGAACAUGGUUUGGGCCAUCUUCCAUUUACAGAAAAGCAGGUGAUCACUCCAACUGGAUCUGUUUAUACCGGUGUGGAUUUCUGUAAGAGAUUGUGCGGUGUAUCCAUAAUCAGAAGUGGGGAAAGUAUGGAGAAUGCAUUGAGAGCUUGUUGUAAAGGUGUAAAGAUAGGAAAGAUACUUAUUCACAGAGAAGGUGAUAAUGGAAAACAGCUUAUAUAUGAAAAGUUACCUAACGACAUAUCGCAGAGGAAUGUACUGUUGUUGGACCCUAUCCUCGGCACAGGGAAUUCAGCUGUUAAAGCUAUAUCACUAUUAAUAAAGAAGGGUGUUCCAGAAUCCAACAUCAUAUUCCUUAAUCUGAUAUCUGCUCCUCAAGGAGUGCACGUUGUCUGCCAACAAUUUCCAAGAAUAAAGAUCGUCACCUCGGAGAUUGAGAGUGGUUUGAAUAAAGAUUUCAGAGUUAUCCCGGGAAUGGGUGAAUUUGGAGAUCGAUAUUUUGGCACAGACGACGACAACCAUCAUGCGUAGUAGUGGCUCACCAUACCAUAUCACAGUUUUGAGUUUGGAUUGUUUUUGGUAAUACAUUUUGUUCUUUUUUUUUUAUAGAUACAAAUUCGGAAUGUUUGUCCAUGUAACAGAGUGAUGAGAAUACUUAUAUGAUGAUGAAUUAUUUUUAGUUUCUUACAUCAAUAAAUUAUUUUUAAUCAUUUUUUAAGCUAA